AUGGAGGACCCUCGAACAGGCCAGCCGUUCCCACCGUCGACCAUCCAGCGCGUCCUGUACAGCUGCAGCGCCGUCCACGUCUACGCCCUGCCGCCGCUGACCUCGAUGAAGGGCUACCUGGCCGCCAGCUGGACCAGCAACAGCGCCUCCGAGAUCUUCGCCGGCCGUCUUCGAGUGCUUGAGAGUGCAGUCCCAGUCAAAGUGCCGCCGGCAUCAAGACCAGCUCCGGCCCUUCGAACCCCCAACCGGCCCCUCGCCCUGCCCGAGGAGGAACCAGACCUACAACCAGAGGCNAAAGAAGAAGAAGAAGAAGAAGAAGAAGAAGAAGAACGGCUGCAGGUCGACAUCCUGCUGGAGGAAGCCGGGGGAGCCCACGAGCUGUUUGCUGCGGCGCCGUACGUGGAUGCCGGCGUGGUCGAGCAGACGCUGGACUCGAGUCGCUUCUUUGCGCUGCGGGUGGAAGGCGAGGGCAAGAAGGCAGUGCUGGGCCUGGGCUUCGAGGAGAGAAGCGAAGCCUUUGACUUCUCCGUCGCCCUGCAGGAGGCGAGGAAGAUUCUCUCCUUGUCUACGGCUGCGUCUGCCUCUGCCUCUGCCUCUGCCUCUGCCUCUGCGGCUUCUGGUGAUGAUGCCGGGAAGGACCUGAGUCUGCGGCCGGGAGAGAGCAUCUCGGUCUCAGCACAGCCAAAGACAGAGGCCAGAGAAGAAGAAGAAGAAGAAGAAGAGGAAGAAGAGGAAGAAGAAGAGAAGCAGGAGAAGCAGAAGAAGGCCCUUUUCUCGCUUCCUCCGCCGCCGCCAGCUUCGUCUUCCUCCCGUCGACGGCCUCCUGCGUCCUCGAGUUCUCCUGCAAUAAUAUAG